AUGCAUGGGGGCAAGAGAGGGCUGGUGGCUCCGCAGAACACCUUCCUGGAAAACAUCGUCCGGCGCUCCAGCGAAACCAGUUUCCUUUUGGGAAAUGCACAGAUCGUGGAGUGGCCGGUUGUGUACAGCAACGAUGGAUUCUGCAAGCUGUCUGGAUACCACAGAGCCGAGGUCAUGCACAGGAGCAGCACAUGCAAUUUCAUGUACGGCGAUCUGACCGAUAAGAAGACCAUAGACAGCAUCAGACAAACCUUUAACAGCUAUGAAUCUAAUUUCUACGAGGUGCUUCUCUACACCAAAAACAGAACACCGAUAUGGCUUUACAUGCAGGUGGCCCCGAUCCGAAACGAAAACGACAAGGUGGUGCUUUUCCUCUGCACCUUCAGGGACAUCACGCUUUUCAAACAGCCGAUUGAAGAUGAAUCAACUAAAGGAUGGACAAAGUUUGCCAGGCUGACUCGGGCACUGACCAACAACCGCAAUGUGGUGCAGCAGCUGGCUCCGCUCAACAAGACCGAGGUCAGCCACAAGCCGUCCAGGCUGGCCGAGGCUCUCCAGCUGGGAUCAGACAUCCUGCCUCAGUACAAACAGGAGGCGCCGAAAACUCCUCCGCACAUCAUCCUCCACUACUGCACCUUCAAGACCACGUGGGACUGGGUCAUCCUCAUCCUCACCUUCUACACGGCCAUCAUGGUGCCCUACAACGUCUCCUUCAAGACCAAGCAGAACAACUUGGCCUGGCUGGUGGUGGACAGCGUUGUCGACGUCAUCUUCCUGAUCGACAUCGUGCUCAACUUCCACACCACCUUCGUGGGUCCAGCUGGAGAGGUGAUAUCAGACGCCAAGCUGAUCCGGAUGAACUACCUGAAGACGUGGUUCGUCAUCGACCUGCUGUCCUGUCUGCCCUACGACAUCAUCAACGCCUUUGAACACGUGGACGAGGACGUCCUCGCACACGGCUCUCCAACCGGUCAUCUCCGUGAGUCUUCACAUUUCCACAGGAACACCACGCGGGCUGAGGAUUCGGUUCUCCCAGGCCUCAGCAGCCUCUUCAGCUCCCUGAAAGUCAUCCGUCUGCUCCGUUUGGGCCGAGUCGCCCGUAAGCUGGACCACUACCUGGAGUAUGGAGCCGCCGUCCUGGUGCUGCUGGUGUGCGUCUUCGGCCUGGUGGCCCACUGGCUCGCCUGCAUCUGGUACAGCAUCGGGGACUACGAGGUCAUCGAUGAGACCACCAACACCAUUAAGACGGACAGCUGGCUCUACCAGCUGGCCCACAGCAUCGGAACGCCGUACCGCUACAACGCCAGCGGUACGGGCCAGUGGGAGGGAGGCCCCAACAAAGACACGCUGUACAUCUCCUCUCUUUACUUCACCAUGACGAGCCUCACCACCAUCGGCUUUGGCAACAUCGCUCCAACGACAGAUGGCGAGAAGAUUUUCUCGGUGGCGAUGAUGAUGGUGGGCUCGCUGCUUUAUGCGACCAUCUUUGGAAACGUCACCACCAUCUUCCAGCAGAUGUACACCAACACCAACCGCUACCACGAGAUGCUCAACAACGUGCGCGACUUCCUCAAGCUCUACCAGGUUCCCAAAGGUCUGAGCGAGAGGGUCAUGGACUUCAUCGUCUCCACCUGGGCCAUGUCGAAGGGCAUCGACACUGAUAAGGUUCUCUCCAUUUGUCCCAAAGACAUGCGAGCCGACAUCUGCGUCCACCUCAACAGGCAGGUGUUCAACGACCACCCGGCGUUCCGUCUGGCCAGCGACGGCUGUCUGCGCUCUCUGGCGGUGGAGUUUCAGACCACCCACUGCGCGCCCGGAGACCUCAUCUUCCACAUCGGAGAGAGCGUCGAUACGCUCUGCUUCGUCGUCUCGGGUUCGCUGGAGGUCAUCCAGGACGAUGAGGUCAUCGCAAUCCUAGGUAAAGGUGACGUGUUUGGAGACGUGUUCUGGAAAGAAACCACGCUGGCUCGGGCCUGUGCCAACGUCCGAGCGCUGACCUACUGCGACCUGCACGUCAUCCGGAGGGAAGCUCUGAUGAGGGUUCUGGAGUUUUACACCGCAUUCGCCAGCUCGUUCUCCCGCAACCUCAUCCUCACCUGUAACCUACGGAAACGGAUAAUCUUCAGAAAGAUCGCCGAUGUGAAGCGGGAGCAGGAGCGCCAGAGGAGCGAGGUGACGCUCUCCAUUCCCGAAGACCACCCUGUUCGCAAGUUGUUCCAGAAGUUCAGGCAGCAGAGAGAAGCUCAAACACCGGCAGAGUCUCACGCUUACUUCGAUCAUAACUGUGUGCAGGUGGAGCCGCAGCACCACCAUCGCCCCGACUCAAACUCUUACACUCAGACAGCAGCUUCUCAGCAGCAGCACAACAACACCGGUGCUGGAGGUGCUGGAGGUGCAGGCGGUGACUGCAACAUGGCUGCACCUCCAGUGCCUGAAAAGUCUGAGCAAAGCUGCACACAAGAGGCGGUGGAGUCUGUAUCAGAACCUUGUGCGGAGAGUCAGCUCCGUCAGAAGGCCAGCAGUCCUGCACGGAGCGGUGGUGCAGGUGGAGACGGAGCUGCAGGUGGCGUCAGCAGCAGCAGAGGCGCCCGAGGAUGGGCCAAGUUCAGGAACGCCACGUCUGCUGAGCCGCCGCGUCCUGCUGCCGUGCAAGAAAAGCCGACGCAGAAAGCAGAAGACUGGCCGAAAGCAGCACAGUCCUCAGAACUGUUUGCAGCUGCCAACAAGAUUCAGGAGAUGGAGGAAGGUGGAGAAAUGGGCGGCACAGAGGGCGGCAACAGCGCAGGAGAGGAAACCAGCGCCCUGCACAAAACUGACUCCUGCGACAGCGGCAUCACAAAGAGCGACCUCCGCAUCGACCGAGCGGGAGAUUCGAGAAGCUCCUUUGAGCGAAGCCCGAUGGAGAAGAGCCCGCUGGAGAGGAAUCCGUUCGAGCACAGUCUGGGCGUUUACAGCGAGGUCUCCCUCAAACACUCCUUCGUGCAGCCGGUUUCUGAACCAGCUCUGCUUCAGACGACGCUGCAUGAAGCCAAGCUGGAGCUGAAGGGAGACAUUCAGAUACUGAGCGGCCGACUGUCGCUGCUCGAGUCUCACGUGAGCGAGAUCCUGCGUCUGCUGUCGGUAAAACGAAGACUCUCGCUGCCGCCGACCUCUUCGCCGAAAGUGAGAGUGAAGAGUCCAGACUCAGUCCCCACCUCGACACCCGUCGCACCGGAAACAGACGACGGGCCUUUUUGA